AUGGUCAGCGAUUUAUUUGUUUGCCACCUAAGAGCAUUGUUCGCGCAGCUGCCACCUUGUUCUCUCUCGGAGGCGGUACAAUUAGAUAUGACCUAUGGUCUACUACAUAGCCGUAUCCGCGAAAAGGUAGCUCGUUCAUCAUUUGAGAAUUUCGCGCAGCUUCUAACUGAGGCCCGCCGCGUGGAGGAGAUUUUAGAUGAGAGUCGCCCACGAUUUACUUCUGAGAGUAAGCCGUCUACGUCCGUGAUGUCGACUACUCGACCUGUUACUGCACCUAGUCAUAUCAAGACUAGGUCCCACUGUAAUUACUGUAAACAGUACGGACACCUAAAGGAAGCGUGUCCGCGACUCGUCAAACACAGGACGACUGCCAAGGAGGAGGUAGUCGAGUCUUUAGACUUUGGUUUACCAAGUACGAUCACGUGUUUCGGGUGUGGUGCUCCUGGAGUAAUUCGCUCCAACUGUGUCACGUGUAAGGAAAAGAAGGCAGUAGUGUCUUCCGUUUCGUGUCAGUAUCAAUCAGUGUCCGCGAGUGACGAUAAAGUCGAUUCGCGAGUGCGGCCAGUGAUUAAUGUAGAAAUCGAAGGUGCCGUAGGUACAUUUUUAGUGGACACAGGUGCUAAACAUUGUAUCGGAAGUGUAUCAUUAAGGUCUCAUUUAGCUAAUAAAGGUCAUGUUUUUCAGAAUGUAUUUACUGAAUUAAAAUAUGCAGAUGGUCGUAUUUGUAAACAAAAUGUAGAAGUAACUGAUGUUAAUGUAACUGUACGGGGUGUAACGCUACUCGUUAGUUUUAUAAUGCUGCCUAAUGCAACGGAGAGUUUAUUGGGUAUGAACUGGAUACAUGACGUUGGCAUGGUAUUCGACUUUGACCGUCGGGUUUGGUUCGUGAGAGGUGAUAGGACACCUCAGCGAAUUUGUUUCGAAAAUACGCCAGUUAAGUCCGUCGUCUGUUCAUCUGUGGGUCUUCGCGAGGAUGAGGGUUCCUAUCUCGAUUCGGAUGAACGGGGGCGACUGUCCGACAUCUUGGAUAUCUAUAAAGAUAUUUUCGCACCAGGGGAGGACCGACUUCGUUUGCGAUUCAUCGCAUUGAUACUGGUGACGCCGCGCCAAUCGCAAGUCCACCUUACAGAGUUACACCUUCGAAGAAGGAAAUCAUCAGGAAAGAGAUUGACAAGAUGCUCGAGGAUGAUAUCAUCGAAGAAGCUGAGUCUGAAUGGGCCUCACCAGUGGUAUUAAUACCAAAGA